AUGGACAUUGAUGAUGGUGUCUGCUUCCUCUCCAUGAAGUCUUCUCUUCUUCAGCUAAUGUUCAGGUCUCUCUUUUGUGGCUCCAGCUACGGCAAAGGAGAAGAUGAUGACGACGAUGAUAGGCUAUGGAAGAAUAGGACGACUCCUUCCAUUAUGCCGAAAAGACAGAUGAGUCGUUCUCCUCGUGAGAACCCGUACUCGAGUUCUGGGCUUGACAAGUUCACCUUGCUUUUGGCAGACCUCGAAGAGAGGAGGCAGAAGAUAAGAUCCAAGCAUCCGGAAGUGACGCUAGUCUGGUUCGUCUACGCGAGCUCGGAUGAUCUCGUGCCUAUCGUAGUUAAGGCGAAGAGUAGGAAUAACCAAGAGGAAACGAAGAGAGGUGAUUGCGCCAGAGACAGGCAUGUGAUUCUGACCCACCGCUUGGAAAAAGCGGAGGACUCUUCAGAAGCCACUGAAGAAGCCAUCGAAGCAAAAGCGGGGGCCAAAGGGAGUCAAAAGAGCAGAUUAUUGUAUGUGAAGCCCAGUUCUUAUAUAGCAGCAGUUCUGAUUCUUAUUCUGAUAUCGUUGGCUUUUUUCGGGAGGACCGUUGCAAUUCUCUGCAGCUCUGCUGCUUGGUAUGCAAUCCCUGCAUUAAGACCAAGUCGAUCAAACUUGAGGAACUCAAAGAAGAAGAAUCAGUAA